AUGGCCACCAAAGAUGCCGCGCAAAAUCGACAAGGAGCCCAACUCAAAACACCCAAAGGCACCCAGAACUGGGUUGGUCAGGAUCUGUUACUGCGUGAUCACAUUUUCGACGUACUUAAACGCCACGGUGGAAUACCUUUGGAUACGCCCGUCUUCGAACUUCGAAACAUUCUAUCUAAGAAAUACGGCGAGGAUUCACGGCUCAUCUAUAACCUCGAGGAUUAA